CAAUGCCUCUCCAAUGUCUCUGGGCUCCAGCGUUUUCUUCAGUGAGACAACAGUGUCCUGUGUCACAGGUCCGCUGGAUUUCUUCAUCAUCAACGUCGGGGGAAGUCGCUAUGUGCUGUCGCAGGAGCUGCUGGCGUCCUACCCAGAGACCCGGCUGGGGAAACUGGCCUGCUGCAGCCGUGACUUGGCUCUGGAGCUCUGUGAUGAUGCAGAUUUCUUGGAGAACGAGUUCUUCUUUGACAGAAAUUCACAAACCUUCCAGUAUGUGAUGAACUACUACCGAACAGGUCACCUGCACGUCAGGGAGGAGCUGUGUGAGAUCUCCUUCCUGCAGGAGAUUGAGUAUUGGGGAAUUGAUGAACUUCACAUCAACCCCUGCUGCCGCGAGCGCUAUUACCGCCACAAGGACCAGAAGGAAACCAGCAAAGUUCGGAAAGAGUCUGAAGUUAAGGACAGAGAUGAGGACUUUGUUGGCGCUACCUGUCCGGUUUUCCGUCGGCGCCUGUGGGACCUGCUGGAGAAACCCGACUCAUCACGGGCUGCUCGCACCUUUGGCACAUUCUCAGUCUUCUUCGUGGUGGUGUCAUUAAUCAACAUGGUGCUCAUCUCACUGGACUUAGGUGAGGACUUUGGUGUGAGCAGCUUCGGCAUCAGUGCCCCUUUGCUGUUUGACACACUGGAGUACGUCUGCGUGGUGUGGUUCACAAGCGAGCUGGCGCUUCGGUUUCUCUGCGUGAGAGAUAAGUGCAGGUUCAGUCGGAGCAUUCCCAACGUCAUUGACCUACUGGCCAUCCUGCCCUUCUACGUGACGCUGGCGGUGGAGUGUCUCCAUGGAGGAACCACUGAGCUGGAGAACAUGGGCCGUGUGGUGCAGGUCCUGCGCCUCCUCAGGUCCCUCCGCAUGCUGAAGCUGGCACGACACUCAACAGGCCUGAAGUCUCUGGGUAUGACCAUCACUCAGUGCUAUGAGGAAGUUGGCCUCCUGCUCCUCUUCCUCAGUGUGGGCAUCUCCAUCUUUGCCACAACAAUCUUUGCUCUGGAGCAUGACUUCCCUGCUACCACCUUCACCAGUGUGCCGGCUGCGUGGUGGUGGGCAACCACCUCCAUGACCACAGUUGGCUACGGGGACAUCAGACCCGACACAACUGUAGGGAAGGUGCUGGCCUUCCUCUGCAUCCUGUCCGGGAUCCUGAUCCUGGCACUCCCCAUCGCCAUCAUCAACGACCGCUUUUCUGCCUGCUACUACACGAUGAAGAUGAAGGAGGCUAUGAUGCGGCACAGCGAGAUGUUGAAGAGACUGGCCCGAGGUUCGAUGGGGGAGACGGGGGAGAGAGGAGUGGGGGGAGGUGUGAACCUGAGGGAUGCCUAUGCUCGGAGCAUCGUGGAGGUGUUGAGGCUGCAGGGUCGAGAGAGGGCGAGCACCUGGAGUGGUGUGGGAGAGGAACAAUGGUGGUAGAACCAGGACACAAGACUCAGACCAGUCCAGACCUGGGGAUGGGGGGUUGGGGGUGGGAGGAUUACUGUUUUGUUAACCCCCGCUGAAAAGUGAUUGGCUGAGGGGUUCAUGAACACGGCACAGACACCUUCACUGCUGUAAGCACUGAUGCUCCUGACCUGUCCUGUCCACUGGAUGAAAUCAGUCCCAGCUCUGAGCUUAGAGCAUUUAAACAUUUACAUUGUUUUACCUGAAAUUAUUUAGAUUUUAAUGAAUCAGAAAGUGUAAAGGUGGCUCACCUUACGAUACCCAGUCUGUUACAUGAGCUGGGUAGAUUUGGUUAGAAAUUCAGGGCCGAUUAACUCCAAAAGGCACCACUGAGGUUUGCAACAGCCCAUAAUUCAGCAGUGUGUAGAAGCCUGUGUUCCACUGAUACAUUCAUAAAGAACAUCUAAUGCUGAGAAUACAUUAAUGUCUUGUCCUCAGAUGUAUCACAACCCUGCUUUUUCUCAUGUAAUCUUUCUUAUAUUCUGGCUGAUCUGUAAAUUGACUAAUCAUUUGAUUAACUGAUGGUGAAAAUGAUGAAAGUUAGUUGCAGCUGAGCUUUGUACAAAGGAAAUAAGAAGCAGGACUCAAACAAAAUGCUGCAAAAAGUUUGAUUUUUUUCUGUCAGACACUUCAGUAAAUGAGCAGCCAGUCUUCGAUGUCCUGGUCUGAAGUCAAAUCUAGGUCAAUUGUCAGGAAGUUAAAAUAUUCAUCAGGGAUGUGGGUGGAAGUGGUGGACUCCUGUGAUGUGGUCCUCUGUGGUUUCACUUCGCAGCUCAUCUCUUCUGUUGUGGACUCAGUAUGUGGAUUUUGUACACAAUAGGGGCCAGAACUGUUCAUUGGGUUUUACUUAGAAAUAUGUGUUUUGUCUUUUUGGAUCACAAACAAAUGUUUAAACUGUUGUAUUUUUUGUUUCAGCAGUUAAUCUGUAUAAAAUUAUGUCUUACUUUCUGUGAUUUGAUGUUAAUUUACAGUAUUUUUUUCAUGAUUAACACUAGUUGCACAGACAAAAAUGUGAAUUACAUCUCUGUUUAUGUUAUAUACAACUAACAGGCUAGUAGGACUGAGCAUCAGGCCUGUUACAGACAUGGUGUGAAGAGGAACAUGGAACGGAAUCGACUGCUAGCAGAGAUGCACUUACAAACAAUAGUCACCUAAGCAAAACUGAACUGUUUUGCAAUCAUGACUGAAUUAAGAUAGUUUACCAUCUGUGUUUCAAAGCGCCCAUUGUGCUGAUGGUGAUUUUUGUGCAUCCCUGUCCCUGGUUCCCUAAAAAUGAUCUUUAAACUGUGUACUACUAAUGUGCAACAAUAGAUUUGUUCAGAACAACACAUCCCACCACC